UUGAGCAUGCAUCAAGACGUUUAAAUGCCAAUAAAUUGUUAAAAUUGAAAAGCAUGUGUCUCUUUGAUUCAAAUGUGAUUAUUUGUAAAUAUGUCGCUGAUAUUAAAAACAGUUUUAAAUGUUUUAAUUCAUGUUCAGACACAACGAGAACAACCAUACUCGAAAGGGCAGGUCCCUGUUUCCUAUUACGUCCUCAAAUCACGUUGUCGCUGGGGGCUUUCAAAUACGUCCGUUGUACUGACUUAAAGUCGCACCGGUGCGGUGACUUUUCAUCAGUAUCACUUUAGCUGACAAAAUGAGUGGACGCGGAAAAGGGGGAAAGGGACUCGGGAAAGGAGGCGCUAAACGGCACCGCAAAGUUCUCCGUGAUAAUAUCCAAGGCAUUACUAAGCCCGCCAUUCGUCGUCUAGCCCGUCGCGGUGGUGUGAAGCGUAUCUCCGGCCUGAUUUACGAGGAGACCCGUGGUGUACUUAAGGUGUUUCUGGAGAACGUAAUCCGCGAUGCAGUCACCUACACCGAGCACGCCAAGAGAAAGACUGUGACCGCAAUGGAUGUGGUGUAUGCUCUUAAAAGGCAGGGCCGUACUCUAUACGGUUUCGGAGGUUAACGCUACUGUCUUGAUUCCAACACAACAGCUCUUUUAAGAGCCACAUAACUCGUCUUAAGAAAUAAGUGUUCCAACUUUACAAUUAGUGGCUUGGGUACACCGAAUUAUGUGAAACUGUUAAGAGUGCUAAUGAGACUCUUAAACAUUGCAACGUGAUUGUACAUAGAACUUAUGGGCCGUUGAAACGGCCGUUGUGGCUGUAAGUAACUCGUUGGGCUGGCUUCGUGCCCCAAACAAAAAUGGCGACGCCGCUGAUGUGAAGUAAACAAUGUUAACUUUUUUUCCACCUAGCUUUCCAAUAUCCACCUUUCCUAACCUUAAAAUGACUGUCUUGCUCAUUUCUCAAUGAAACUCUAUUUCCCUGUAAAAACCUAACAUUAGUUGCCUUAGGACAUAACUACUUUUUUUUUAAACAAAAUGGAUGCCAUAACGCGCUGUGACGUAGUCUCUAGAAAUGGCUUCUAAUCCGGUGAACAUUUUCUAUUUAGAGUUAUAUCAGAAAAGCA